AGGAGUCCCCUGCCGCUGACGACUUUCGAGCUAGUGACGCGGAAGAAGAGGGUGCGGCUCGCGUCCGAGAAGGAGAGCGACGCCACGCUGUGGGUGGAGAUGCUGACCACGGCCUGCCGCAUAGGGCAGGGCCUCGAUCUGCGCUCCUCGGCGGCGAAGGACUCGGGAUCCCACUUGUCCCCGGAGUUCCAGUUUCCCCCGAGAUUAGUGGUGCAGGAGGACUCCUGCGACCCGCCCCCCGGGCCCGAGGGGGCGGCCGCGGAGCCCGAGGGGCAGCAGCCCUCCUCGGUCAAGUCCUGCUCGCAGGCCCGGGAGGGGGGGCGCCCGCGCCGCUCCCGCGCGAGUGCCUCGACCAGCCGUCAGGGCCGACCCCUCGACGGGGUGACCUCGGGCGCGGGCCCCCUCGAUCGCCGAGCGCGAUGCGGUCGUGGCGUCUUGCCCGCUCGCGUGCGGGUCCCGGUUUGGCCCCGCCGCGGCCCCCGGGAAGCUGCG